GUGUUCCUGUUCCUGUUCCUGUCCCUUUCUUGCAGUUGUUUAUCACUGGCCUGCAUCAGUGACAAUACCGACUACUUCUCUACCAGCUACGCUAACCCAAAAACAUUAAGAUGCAGGAAGUUUCGAGUAACAAAUGCUUCGGUGGAUGCACUAAGGUGUUCUCUCACAACAGUGAUGAGUUGAAGUGUCCCAUGAAGUUUGCUGUUUUCAUCCCUUCACAAGCAGAACAAGGAAAGGUUCCAGUUUUGUAUUGGCUAUCAGGUCUCACCUGCACUGAACAAAAUUUCACAACAAAAGCUGGUGCACAGAAAGUGGCCGCAGAUCAUGGAAUAAUGCUUGUAAUGCCUGACACUAGCCCAAGAGGAUGCAAUAUUGAAGGUGAGGAUGACAGUUAUGAUUUUGGUAGCGGCGCUGGUUUUUAUGUUGAUGCAACAGAAGAAAAAUGGAAGACAAAUUAUCAAAUGUAUUCAUACAUUACAAAGGAACUGCCAGCCCUUGUAAAUGCAAACUUUUCAGUUCAAGUAGGAAACCAGUCAAUAUUUGGUCAUAGUAUGGGAGGUCAUGGUUCAUUGAUAUGUUUCUUGAAGAAUCCUGGAAUGUAUAAGUCUGUAUCAGCAUUUGCACCUAUUUGUAACCCAAUGAACUGCCCAUGGGGAAAGAAAGCCUUUGGUGGAUAUUUAGGCACUGACCAAGAGAAAUGGAAGGAAUAUGAUGCCUGUGAGUUGGCUAAAAGCUAUUCAGGACCAAGAUGUGAUAUUUUAAUAGAUCAGGGAAAGAGUGACAACUUCUUUGUUGAUGGUCAACUUCUUCCGGAUAACUUUGUCAAUGCAUGCAAGGAAAAUCCAUCCUGCAGUGUGGCUGUACGAAUGCAAGAGGGAUACGACCAUAGUUACUACUUCAUAUCAACAUUUGUAGAAGAUCAUAUUAAGCAUCAUGCCAAGUACCUCAAAAACUGAGAAUCUCACAGAAAAGGACUGCAAAUCGUAUUUCAGCAAGUGUAGAGGAAAUUCUGAAGUGGAACAGAAUUAAAAUUGUGAUUUUUGUAGAGAUUGCUUGUUCAAAUGUACUAGAGAAAUGAUAAUUGUGAUUUUUUAUCAGUAAAAUUCAAGACAACUGUGUUUGUAUUACAUAAAAUUACAAUUUGUGAUUCAAAUGACUGUAUUUAAUAUGCGUCUCUGAUGACUAUAAAUUUGCAAUUG